AAUUUUUUAAAAAAUACACUCACAAAUUGACAAUUGAACAAAACUGUAAUUUCAGAUUGGAUUUCAAAACCAAUUCAAAUCCCGCCCUUCAGACCAUAAAUUUAGGAUUAGACAAUUUUUGCAAAAAGUUUAGUAAUUCAAAUUUGAAAUUAAGAAUUUCAAACCUUAAAUUUUUAGCAUGUGAUUUCUGAACUACCGCGGCGCUAUCCAUUAUAACCUCACUUUGAACUAUUUCCACUUUUCCUUUUUUUUUUCUCUCUCCUACUUUCCUCCAUAUCCAUUUUCACUUACAGCUACAAUAGAGCUACUCCAUCAUUUGCCAAGUUUAAAGCUUCAUCAUUUGUUGAAGAUUCAACAAAUCAAAUCUGGGAAUUUGGAGCUGCACAAUAUGAAUGCAUCUAGAGACAGAUUAUCAAGACCUGUUGACAUAUCCUCUUUGCUGCAAAAUGCUGAACGACGAGUUGAUCUUGUAGUAGAUGAACCUGGGUUGCAUUGGUUGGGUUUAUCCCCUCAGAGUGUCUCCACAAGUCAAAGUGGUGGUGCCAGUGGUAAAUCAAGCAGGCGAAGGGUUGGACUGCAAAAAUACAGGCAUCGACGAUAUAUUAGUAGGUCAUUGCUCAAUCAAGAAAAUCAAAGGCCAAGGAGUGUAAGAAAAGGCCAAGGUAGAGGCAGUAUUUUACCUUCUUGGUAUCCUCGGACUCCUCUAAGGGACAUUACUGCUAUUGUUAGGGCUAUCGAGAGGAAAAGAGCCGAGCUACGUGAUAAUGAUCAAAUGAUAGAAUCACCUCAACAGGAAACCAAUUCUUUAGAUACGACGACUGAGCUUAAUAACGAGAUGAGCAUCUCAACACCUCCUCAAGCAUGCAAAUUUAAGGACGACAAUGCUAGUAAAAAAGGCAAAGAUAUUGAAUUCUUCACGCCACAGAAGAAGUUGCUCAACUCAAUCGAAAAGGUGAGGCAUAUUUGGUUGGAGGAUCAGCGGAAACUAGAGAGGACACCAGCAGCUAAGAAGGCAGAGAGGAAGAAAAUGGUGCGCGUUUUAAUGUCAAUGCGAUGAGAUGAUAAUGCCUGAAUAUGCUGCAUUCGUGGGGAUACUAAGAUAAAGAGGAAUGGACAUGAAAUAAAAAGAGAGUUUCUGGCAAUUCGAGAUCAUCCUUUCUUUGCUCCGCGUUGCCUAGCUAAGCUACUAUAUGCUUAGAUAGGCAUACAUUGCAGCUUUCUUAGCUUCAAAAAGGAGUUGUGGACUUGUGGUUAGUUGGUUACCAGUUAGCUCUGCUAACAGGAAUCGUGGACUUGUGGGGUUGUGGCUACCAGUUAGCCUUUCCUAACAGGAGUUGUGGACUUGUGGUAUAUUCAGGCAACUUGUUAAGUUAUUAGCACUGUAAACCGAGUUUUAUUGUUGUAGGAUAAGUAGUUCAAACGUUUCAUGUACAUAAGUCAUAAAUGGUAAAAAUGGUACCUUUUCUAAGGAAUGUAUUAUUACAUCUGCACUAAUGAUAUAGUCCAUAUUUAUUCAA